CCCAAGAUGGCGGCCUUGAGGCGGCGGGACCCGAUCGACGACCCCRUCGUGGGCCCCUCACGGGCUCUGGCGGGCGGGUCUCCCUGGCCGGGCACGCCCGCCCUCCCCUGGUCUCUCGGCGGGGCGGYGGCCGGGCAGCACCGCCUCCGCGGGGCUCUGGCAGCGACACGCAGCCAUGCAGCUCCCGCCGGCCCGGUUCUUCCUCGCCCUUUGCGUCUGGAGGCUGGUGCCGCGCCGGGCGGCYGCAGGAACAGACGAAGUGGUCUUUGGGCGGGUGGGAGGAAGCAUCCUCCUUUUGUGCCGCAACGUGUCCAAGGAAGCCACCGAGGUGGUGUGGUUCCAGGGGGACCCGCGCUCCUUCCCACCCCUCUUCUCCUCGAGGGUCUCCUUCCCGCCGGACGUUCGCUUCUCCCUGGUGGACAACAGCUCCCUGAGCAUCACUGAGCUGCGUGUGCAGGACGAGGGCAACUACACCUGCAGGGAGGUGCUCAACAAGACCGACCAUGAGCACAGGGUGCAGCUCCUGGUGGCCAAUCCACCACAGGCAACCCCAAAAUGCUGGGCUGAGACCUCCUCGGGGCUGMUGCUGCAGCUGUUCUGCAGGUGGCCCGGGGGGUACCCCCACCCCACCCUGCACUGGAGAGAAGAGGGGCAGGACCUGGAGAAYUCCAGCUGGGUCAUCAGCUCCAGCAGCUCCUCGGACACACACGUGGAGACGCUCAACAGCUCCCACCUCUCCCACCGGAAAGUCUUCAAGUGUGUGGGCAGCCACGUGGUGACGCAGGAGCAGCCUGCCUGCACCGUGGAGAUAAAGCUCCCCUCCCUGGAAUCUGAGCCCCCCAAAACCUGCUUGGUGGGUGACAACGUGACGCUGACRUGCCGGGUGACCGAGGGCACCCCUGCAGCUCGGCUCAGCUGGCUGAGAGACAUCAGCCAGCCCGAGGUGGAGAUCCAGCCCGGGGGCAGGUUCCUCAUYGCCCAGGAGGGCAACGUGUCCCGCCUCACCAUCCGCAACUGCUCGCAGGGCACCGACGGCGGCUGCUACGUGUGCAAGGCSCAGAACCCCGUGGGGCUCAGGGAGCUCUUGGUGUGCCUGACGGUGAAGCAGCCGGUGAACAUUGUCGGGGUCGUGGGUGCGGUGGUGGUGCUGUCGCUGCUGGCUGUUCUCACCGUCACUGGGGUCGUGCUGUACUACAACCCCCUGAUGUGCCUGAGAGGUGCUGCAUUCAGGAAUGCAGACUCGGGGGAUGUCCUAGUGCUGGUGGACUCUGAAGAUGACGAAGAGGGGAAGGGGCCCGAGGAGGCCCCGAGCAGCUGCACUGAGCCCGAGGCCAUGGCACUGGUCAGUGGGAGCAGGGCCCGGGCUGCUYACCUGAACCGCCUGACGGAAGGUGACAGUGAUGAGCUCCACAGYGGGGUCUUUCCUCAGCAAGUGAGAGGAGAAGAGACACGAAGCUCGUAGCUUCCACCCCUCCCUGAGGGAGCACAGGGAGCUCCAGCUGGAGUCCAGCAUCAAGCAGGCCCUCGUGUAUGGCUGAGCAUGGGCCCUCAGUAUCCUGCGUCAGGCUGGUUCAGGCAGAGCCUUCCCACUUCUCCACUCACCCUUUCCACAGCUCCACUCCGUCCUUCCCCAGCCAUGUUUCUCCAUUCCUUCUCUGCUGUUUUCCUCCUUGUUUUGGGUGUCCUUAAAACAAGGUGGCAUCCAGCGCAGGCAGAGUGUGGGAGCUCCCGCUCACCUUGAUGCCUGUGACUGACUCCAGUUCCGAUGUGGGAUUCUGGCUCAGUCCCCAUGAGSAGCUCUGGGAUGGAGAAGGUCACCUCGGGGCCGCAGUGGUCCUGGGAUGAGGGAAGAAACAAGGGGUGUGUGGGCAGGACAUUGGUGACACUGACUCUKGGGAGGCUGAAUUGUUUUUAUUAUAAAUAUUUGUCCCCUAUUCCUUCUGCAGUGUUCUCUGUGUCCAAGUCAGGAGUUAAUCUGCUCCAUGUGGGGUGU